AUGAGUAAAUACCUCAACAUUACGUGUUUCUUACAAACAGAACAAGAUGUGUUUAUAAGGAAUGUAUUCUUUUCUAACGAUGGUUGGGUAGACGAUAUCAAAGUGGAUCUAGAUGGCGUCGAGGUGGGCGAGUUUCGUUCAGCUGAUGAGUCUCAAUGGGGAUAUCUCUGGAAUAGUUUCAACUUUACUGGUUCUGUGGGAGAAAUAACAAAUCUGAUAUCUGGGCGUCAUGAAUUGACCUUCACUGUUGUGGACGGAGAUGAAUGGGGUGUUGAGUUGGACGCCAUAAAAUUGGAAUUUUCAAGACCCGACUUGACCGUGGAUUUGAAAUGUCCCGAAGAUAUUUCCACUGAAAAAAAUAAAACAGACGGUCAAAAUUAUCCUGGAUUGCCAGAAAAUCCCACAGAUCUAUUUACACCUGGUAGUGGACAACCCACCGAUUCAUCAAAUCCUGAUAGUGCAAAAGUAACAGAUCCAUCAGACCCAGAUUGCAAGACACCCGAAUGUAAGCAGAAUCCUUCUAGUCCAGUUAACACUAAACCUACAGAACCUUCAAAUCCUGAUAGCUCGGAACUUACGGAUACCAAUACCGACAAAACUACAGACCCAUCUAAUCCUGAUAAUACAAAACCUAAAGACCCAUCUAAUCCUGAUAACACAAAACCGACAGACCCAUGGGACCCCGAUAAUUCUAAACCUACAAACCCAGAAAAUCCGGAUUGUAAAUCAUCGGAAUGUAAGCAGAAACCUAAUAAUCCUGAUAGUCCCCAACCUACAGAUUCCUCAAAUCCAGAUAGUUCUGGACCUACAGAUCCUGCAAAUCUAGAUAGCUCUAAACCUACAGACACAUCAAAUCAGGAUCCAACAAAGCCCACAGAUCCAGCAGACCCAGACUGCAAGACACCAGAAUGUAAACAGAAACCCUCUAGUCCCGAUAGUUUUAAACCCACGGAUCCAUCAAAUCCAGACAAAUCAGAGUCUACAGAUCCAGAUUGCAAGACACCAGAAUGUAAGCAGAAUCCUUCUAAUCCAGAUAACACUAAGCCUACAGAACCUUCAAAUCCUGAUAGCUUGGAACCUACGGGUUCAUCAAAUCCUGAUAAUUCUAAAGAUCCAGGGUGUAAGACACCGGAAUGUAAGGCGAACCCAUCUGAUCCUGACAGCUCUAAACCUACAGAACCAUCAAACCAAGAUAGUUUGAAACCUACGGAUCCAACAAAUCCCGAUAACCUGAAACCUACAGUGUCAACAGAUUCAGAUUACCACACACAAGAUUGUUCACAGACUUCCGAUAGCUCUAAACCUACAGAUCCAUCUAAUCCCAAUAGCCCUAAUCCUACCGAUCCUUCGAAUGCUGAAGUGUCUACAGAUUCGGAUUGCAAGACACCCGACUGUAAGCAGAAUCCCUCUAGUCCAGAUAACACUAAACCGACACAUUCAUCAAAUCUUGAUAGCUCUAAACCUACAGAUCCAUCAAAUCCUAAAAAUUCUAAACCUGCAGAGUCAACGGACGCAGAAUGUAAGACACCAGAAUGUAAGAAGAAACCCACUGGCUCUACACCUAUAGAUUCAUCAAUUCCCGAUAGUUCUAAACCUACAGAUCCAUCAAAUCCCGAUAAUUCUAAACCUACAGAUCCAUCUAAUCCCAAUAGCCCUAAUCCUACCGAUCCUUCGAAUGCUGAAGUGUCUACAGAUUCGGAUUGCAAGACACCAGAAUGUAAGCAGAAUCCCUCUAGUCCAGAUAACACUAAACCGACAGAUUCAUCAAAUCUUGAUAGCUCUAAACCUACAGAUCCAUCAAAUCCUAUAAAUUCUAAACCUACAGAGUCAACAGACGCAGAAUGUAAGACACCAGAAUGUAAGAAGAACCCCACUGGCUCGACACCUAUAAAUUCAUCAAGUCCCGAUAGUUCUAAACCUACAGAUCCAUCAAAUUCCGAUAAUUCUAAACCUACAGAGUCAACAGACGCAGAAUGUAAGACACCCGAAUGUAAGAAGAACCCCACUGGCUCUACACUUACAGAUCCAUCAAGUCCUGAUAGUUCUAAACCUACAGAUCCAUCAAAUUCCGAUAAUUCUAAAACUACAGAUCCAUCAAAUCCUGAUAAUUCUAAACCUACAGAAUGUAAGACACCCGAAUGUAAGAAGAACCCCACUGGCUCUACACCUAUAGAUUCAUCAAAUCCCGACAGUUCUAAACCUACAGAUCCAUCAAAUCCCGAUAAUUCCAAACCUACAGGGUCAACAGACGCAGAAUGUAAUACAACAGAAUGUAAGAAGAACCCCACUGGCUCUCCACCUAUAGAUUCAUCAAGUCCUGAUAGUUUUAAACCUACAGUCCCAUCGAAUCCCGGUAGUUCUAAACCUACAGUCCCAUCAAUUCCGGAUAAUUCUAAACCCACAGAGUCAACAGACCCAGAAUGUAAGACACCGGAAUGUAAAAAGAAUCCCAUUGGCUCUAAAACUACAGAUUCAUUAAAUCCCGAUAGUUCGAAACCUACAGAUCCAUCAAAUGCCGAUAAUUCUAAACCUACUGAUCCAUCAAAUCCUGAUAACUAUAACCCUACGGUUCCAUCUAAUCCAACAGAUAAUUUUCAAUCUACUAACCCAGUUGAUCCUGAUUGUAAAACACCGGAAUGUAAACAGAAUCCAUCUAGUCCUAAUAACUUUAAACCUACAAUUUCACCAAAUCCUGACAGUUCUAAACCUGUGGUUCCCGAUGAUAAAAAUCCCUCAGACGCGUCUGAUAAGGGUGUGAAACCUACAGAUUCCCCCCAGGUGACUAACACAGAACCAUCGUAUUCGUCCAAUCCUCCUGUCGGUGGAAAUAGCCCCCAACAAAACACAGACGAAAUAUACGAAAUUAGCUGCCCUACUGAACAACUAUUGACAGUUAGAAGGAACGAUUAUCUUGGGUGUGAUGAUGAUGGACAAAUUAGGUUCGAUCUCUAUGGGGCAACAAUAUCUGAAGUUACUUUUGUUAUUCCCAACCCAUUUCUUCCUCCGUCACAGUUAGCUAGACGAUUGUUUAAGAGAUCUUCACAGAGUAAGGUAUUAUGGGAAGAUGGUUACCCUCGCGAGAACUGUUCUGAUGAUUCCAUUGGUGAGAAUUUUAGUUAUAAAGAAAUAUCACAGUCUGCAUCAGAUGGGUCAUUACCAGUCACCAUUGAUCCAAACGAAACGCCAUCCUUGACACUUUCCUUUACACUCUCGGCUGUAGGCGUAGUCUUAGGUAAAAACUUGCGCCCAGUCUUUACAAUUGGGGCGUGUUGCACAGAUCCGUCAAAUGUUACGCUAACAGCUUUAGACACCGACACCAAUACUGUCAUACGAUUGGGAGAUCAAGUAUUCAGAUCCGAGGACAACGUAAAAUCAUGGAUUUUUCCAUUUCUGUCUGGCUGGGAUGAUAGAAACAUACAAGUUAAAGUGGAUUUCUCUGAUGUCACUGACAAGAUGGUUUUGAAUUAUAUGAAAUUUGAAAUCCAGGAAGUCGAUACACAGGCAAAUGACUCACCGGUACGUCCUCCGAAAACUUUACUCUGUGAAACCCAGGAAGUCAAAGUUGAGGGAGUGAAACAUGGAGACCCAAAGAAGGAGAAACUUAAAUUCAGACUAAACGGUUCUACCACAACCUCGGAUGUGUCAAGUUUAGAGUUCAGCUCUCCAGAUGACCCGUCUAAGCCCAAAUUAGUUUUGGACUCUUCGGGUAAAUGUACCUUCAACCCAUCUCAGACUGUCGGUGUUGAAGAGUCUGCUGCUUUCAUUCUGGGUUCGACAGAUCCAACUUCUAGUAAUCCAAACAUAGCAAUAGAAGAAGUCGAACUCGAACCGGAUGUGAAUGCUGAUAAUACCUCGAUUAUUUUGCAUCUUUUGGGUGCUUCUUUUGGACGAACAACCAUAAAACUAAAGAUAUCUGAAACCGAGACAACAUUAUCCCUUUUUCAACUUGUGCCUGUGGGUAAACCACUCUCGUCAUUUUUUCUACCUUGUGGUCAAGAAGAAACCACCAUCAAUGCAGAUGAGACAGGACCCGUUUCUAUCUUCGAUCCUUGGAGGAGUAUCACUGGUGAACAAUUAACCAUUCGAAGAAGAUAGACGCGCAAUAUUGAGAAAUGUGAUGUCCAUUAUUUUAGUGCUCAAAUAGACAGUUAGUUCCAUAACAAAGCUAUGAACAAUUGACUAGAGGGCUUCGCUACACCCGAACCCCGCCUCUAACCUCAUUAUCCACAAUACUAGUCUGUGUAUAAAUAUGUGUGCAAUAUAUUUAGUGAUUUAGUGUGUGCAUUAUAAAAUAAAGCUACUUAUCAGACAA